CAGUAUGGGGGACUUGGCUGCAUUAGUGAGCAUUAAUAUUUUACUCUCUUCUCAGAUUUCCUUUUGUUCAUCAGCUUGCUGACUGCCAACUACUCAAACGAAGACAUGAAAGAAUAAAAGCAAGGGAGGCAAAGAGAAGGAUAAAAACUCAGUGCUUUAAAAGAGCUUAAAGGCACGCACAUAGUUGCUGCUGGUUUAAUGAGCAGGCAUGCAGAGAGAAUGCUGAAUGUUAUAUAGCCCUGGGACAAAACAUGAAAAAAAAGCAAAUGCACUGAGCAAGGAUGAGAAAAUAUGAAGACAGCACUAAGAAGGAAAAGGAAUAAUCAUCUGAGACUGCAUAGAGUGGGGAACCCAAAGUCUGUGUGUGUGGGGGUGAGUGCAGUUUGAAAGGUGGGAUGUCAUAUUUCAACAUUUCAGCAGAGCUUUGAAGGAAGAUGAGUCUGAUGGAAGAGAAAAAAGCAAAAGAACAACACAAAGGCAAAAAAAGAAAAGAGGGCAAAAAUAUCCACACUGCUGGUCCAGCCAGAGAGGCCGGCAGCAGGUUGAUGUCAAGAGAAAGGCUUCCUCUUAUAGGAUCUUCCAGAACUACAGAGAGAUCCACUCAUCCGCGUCCCACUGAGGGUGGGAAUAAGAAGCGUGCCCGCCCCUCUCUCAAUGCUGUUUUCCAAGACAGAAUGGCACCCUGGGAAGGCUCCUCCCACUCUGAUUCCUUUUUCACCAGCAUUCCACCUCCUCCUCCUGCACCACCACCUCCCCCUGCACCACCUCCACCAAUCUCAUCAACUGACCCUCCGUCACCUCCACCACAGCCAAUCAGAGACACGCAGCCUGAAAGUGGCAAAAGUGCUCCAGUGAAACGAAAGAUCCUUCCACCCCGAUGGCCCCCCAAACCCCCACGUCUGCCUCCGUUACGACAAGUCACAAAUCUCAGUUUUUCAAGAAGUUUUACAUUUUCAUUUUUUGAACUGCCUUUUCAUCAGUCAGCACGAAGUCGAGCAGAGCAGCUCAAAGAUCUUGUAGCGCUGCUGAAGCAGAUACAGUACUGAGUGGAAUGAACUCCCUUUACAUUUUCACUAGAUGUAGGAAAGUAUAAGGACAAAAUACUCGUUUAGGGAUGCACUGAUCAUGAUGUUUUGUCUGAUUUCUUUACAGCCAAAUUGGCUGUUGGAAAAUUUUUCACAUAUGGAUAGUUACAAUGCACAUACAUUAUUUCCUUUUUAAAGGGCCAAACUGAGAUUUUAAAUUAUUAAAUGAAAAAUUAAACACCUAUGUAAUAACACAAAUCAAAUAAAGUGCUCCAUUAGAGGUAUGAGACAACUGUGUACUGGCUGAUUUGCAUAAUGAGUGAUGUAUUGUUAUGCUAUAACAUUGUGGUACAGGUGUAGCAGCAGAAUUCAUGUACACGUGCACUUAUAUGCAAGUGGACUUACCUAGCUCACAUUAUUUACAUCAUAACACUGGCCACAAUGAAAAAUAUCAAUUAGCCUAUUGCUUAUUGUGUGUUUGAAACAAAAAUCUGCCGAUUCCAGUCUUGUUCGAUUCUGAUCAUGCAUCCCUACUCACGUUUAUU